UGUGCUGCUGGCCGGGAAGCCAAACUGCUCAGAGAUGUCAUUGCCUGAUCGUCCCUCCUCGAGGGAGCAUCACCAGGGUCUCUGCUCACUCUCCAGCACUGGCUUUUACCAAGCACAUAAGAUCUUUGCUUCUUUGCAACCUCAACUCCAGUGUUUGGGUUUGGUGGACGGUGGGUUAAAAAAGUCGCGGGUGGAAGGGAUAGCCUGCUUUGCCUCUCGUCCCGCUGCCAUGUCCGUAUUCAGCAAAGUGUUUCAUUAACUAACAACGUUGAGCCUUUGGGCCCAGCUCCAGCCAAGCAUUUUAAUAAAGUUAGGGGUGUAAAUAAGGCUCUGGACCCGAGUGAAGUUCAGUCUUGGUUGUCUCCGAGCCUUGUCCUCCACAGUUUAUAGUGUAACAAAUACCAAACGGCCCAUUCCUAGAAAACCCAACUUUUUGCAUGCAAAGCACAGCGAAGGCUCUAACGGGCACCAAAGCUUCUUCCAAAGCUGAGGGCGGGCUGUUGAAGAACCGUCUUUGCUUGCAAAUCCAGCAGUGAGGAAGUCGCAAGGGUUCGUGCAGGUGCAAUGCGGUGUCACCCUUCGUGUCACCCACAGAAGACGUGUGAACCUCAUCGUCUCAUCCCCCCUGCCCUCCGUCGGCAUCAUUCCCGGGAAGAAGCCACCCUGAGGUGCCUCAACUCUCUUUUCUCAGUCUCAAAGUGACUGAUGAUAAAAUCUGUCCCUCCUCCUGCCCCAAGGCUUUGUUCCAAGCCAGGAAUAAAUUCCCAUGCCACAUGAGACGUGCCAUUACCACCCCAAAACAAUGCCAGGCAGAGAAGGAGAAAGCCAGAAAGCCUUCCAGAAGAUAUUCCCAGAGCUAGCCACACUCCCCAGUUUCACUGCCAGCUCCCAGUUGCUCUGGCUGCCAUCCAGCCACUGGUUUGGCUGCACUUUUCUCUGCUGGAUUUCAGCGCUCAGGAGCCUCUCUUGCUAAAAACCCCCUCAAGUCUCCAACGAAGCUACAUCCAGAGGAGGGUGAAGUCACCUCUCCACAUUUUAUUUAGCGAUCUUAGCAAAUGAAGGUCCUCCAGCUCCUCCAUGCAAAGCUGUUUCUCCAACCUUCAGGUGAUUUUUUGGGAGUCUUUGCUGCACUUUCUCAUAUUUUAAACCCCUUUUGAGGUGGGAACGCGAGUGGUUGCAGAGACCUGUUAGCUGUGCUGCUGGAGCUGCACACAGAGAGUGUCUCUUGGUGCCAGCAGCUUUGUGGUGGAGCUCCACAAUGUCAACCAAAGCCAUGAAGAUACUCUUCCUGCUGCUGCUCCUUCUCCCCACGGUGUCCCAGGCUGCUGCAGUGUCAGACACUGUGACGUGUCGGAAGAUCAAGGGCGAGUGUGCGUUCCUGCUGUGUCCCUUGUUUAAGAGAGCCACCGGUACCUGCUACAAUGGACUGGCAAAGUGCUGCAGGCCCUUAUGGUAGCAAAGAUGUUGUCCUGGCUCAGUCAUCCGUCCAGCUUCUCAGAGGACACCUGGCUGGUUCAGACCCUGUUCUGGAGGGGAGGUCUGGUCACCUCUCAUUUGACUCAUUUGACAUCAUCUAUCGUGGUACAGCAAGGGCUGGAGCCUGAAGUCUUCAGGGAUGCUCUCUUGCAGGCUCCGCAAAAUAUCUCAGCCUUCCAGUAUUGAAGCGAUCUGUGCUCUUUUUCUCUCCUCUAACACAUAUUUGCUGUGUCCGAAGAGACUGUGGUUCGCAAACUAUUUGAGUUUUGUAAAGAUCUAAUAAAGCAUGAGUAAUAA